AUGCCCACCUCACGAACACCGAAGUUAGCUAAAACGAGUGAUGGAACGACUGGCCUAUCAGAUUAUACAAAUGAUCAGGUGUCUUAUCAAGUAGAACGACAGAAACAACGUCGAAUGCGUACGACCUUCAAUUCCAUUCAAAUUAAAGAAUUAGAAAAAAUAUUUCAGGAAACACAUUAUCCAGAUAUUUACACAAGAGAAGAGAUUGCAACAAGAAUUGAAUUAACUGAGGCUAGAGUACAGGUAUGGUUCCAAAAUCGCAGGGCGAAGUUUCGAAAACAAGAAAGGCAUGCAGUACACAUUAAUAAAAGUUCGCCUUCGUAUUAA